AUACAUUCAUUUCCCAUGAGACAAAAGUACUGUACACUUGCUGCAAAAAGUGAGCACCAACUGUGUUUUAAUUGCUCAAGAGCGAGUUUGUCCGGGAGCCGGGUUUUGACGUCAUACGGAAAUGGUAACUCACCUUGCAGGCCCGCGUCUGCUUUUGGCGCUCACUUGACAUCGAGGGAACGUCUUUUAAGAUCUUGGAAAAAGCUCAGUCGAAUUUGGGACAUGUUGCAGCCGACAACGAAGCAAGCGCUGAUCCUGCUGGUGGCCGCCUGCGUGGCCUCGGUUCUUCCGACAGCGCGGGGAACUUCGCACCUGAUGUUCGACGCCAGCCUUCCGGUCUCUGUAAACAGUACGGGCUGCGGAGAAUCCGUCCUGUGCCUGAGGACACCAGAUGGCUGUGUGCCUGAAAACGAUCCAUCAUGUCUGUUUGUGUCUUUGAACCCCACCUCAAUGGAGUCCGACAGCUUCGACCUGUUCGUCGGCCUCAGAGGAGUCUCCGCCGGAAACAUCGCCUUGGGACUCACCAAUGAUUCAUCUGAGGACAUCUCCCAGCUUUUUGUGUGUGGGAACGGCAAUAACAGCACGUUCUUCUUCGUCACACGAGACCGUGACAACGGAAAUGGAACUCUCACGCCGAAUGAGAGGAACGUGACAGAGAUUCGGGGUAGCGUAACUGACUCACUGAUCGAAUGUAACUUCGUCAUUCCAAACGUCAACACCACCAACAAGGGAGAGAUGAUGGACGGAACCACCGCCGUUGUCCUCCUGGGAAAUGGAACAGGCACCAAUUCAAGUAUGGUCAAUGACUUUAACAUCGUCAUGAACUUUGGCCGGGUGAAUCUCACCAGAGCCGACGGUACCAUCACUAUGGAGACUCUAGACAUCAACCGGGAAGGCUGUGGCAUGACAAAAAUAUGCGUGGAGUCUCCGGACGAGUGUGAUCCUCAAUCGGACCCCGCUUGUCUGUUUACGUCCGUGGCUCUCCAAAUGCCGGGCGCGGGGCCUGACUUCAACCUGUCCGUGGAACUCGACGGAAACGGAGGAUACAUCGGCAUGGGACUCACCGAGAAUUCAUCUGUGGGCAUAAGCACACUUUAUUUGUGUGGAAUAAACAUCAGCGAUUCAGACAAUUUCUUCUUCCUCACACUGGACAGAAACAACAGCGACGGGACUACUUCCCCAAGCACUGCGGAAGUAGACGACCUCAGAUAUGCGGUGAUGGGCACAUCCAUUCAAUGUUCUUUCACCGUCCCAAAUGCAAACAUGGCUCUCACCAGAGAGGGAACAGUCAGCACUGUGGGCUCCGUACUCCUGGGAAAUGGAACCGUGGCUGAAAACGGUUCCCUUAAUCCCUUUGGUGUCGUUGUGGAGCAACGGGUGAAUUUCACCACCCCGAACGUUACAACCCCGGACGUUACAACCCCGAUGUUGAACAUCAACCGAGAUGGCUGCGAUGAAACCAUUGUGUGCCUGGAGGAACCAGACAACUGCAACCCUGAAACUGACGAUGGCUGUCUCUUCGCGUCUAUCGACGUCACCAGUACUGAACCCAUCACCGCGACUGUCAGGCUCAGUGGAAACUCGUCUGGAUACAUAGCGAUGGGAGUCACCCCGAACAUCUCUGAGGGCACCACCUUGCUUUUUGCCUGUGGCCAAAACAUUUCGGGGAUGUUUUUCUUCAGAGUGGCGAACCUAAACAACACUGACGGGAGCAUCCUUGAAGACGACAGGGAGGUGGCAAAUAUUGGCACGGUGGAAGGCACAUCCAUCCAAUGCGAGUUUAACUUCACCAAUUUGGAGCCUAGACAGAUUUUGGAGACCGGCCUUACUACUGUCGUGCUGGGAAAUGGCCCGGUUAUUGGAAACGAUACUCUUGGACCUUUCAAUGAAUUGCCAAUGUUCCUUUUGGACUUUUCAAAUAGUCUCGGGACACCAGGGGGCAACGCUGGAACCACGAAGCAAGGCAACGCCAUGGUGAUCCUGCUGACUGUCCUAACAGUUUUGGGUCUGCUCUGUUUCUAACGAGACCGGAUUUGAGGAGGAAGAGCAGGCGGUCAUCGGUUCCAAUGAUGACACAUCACGUGUUCUAUUAAAAGUUUUUACUGUCUUCUAUGAUUACUUACUCAAACGUGUGUAGGUACUUGAGAGCAGCCGGGGCUCGGCUAAUUAUUUGCAUCGACAUUAUCAAAGUAAGCUCGUUUCGACAAAAGGGAACUUCAUGCCUCACGAGUUUGAACUGUUUGAGAAGAACCAAACGCAGGCGACAUUUAAUUUUGUGUUUAUUUGUUGCAUGUAGCAGCAGUGUAAAGUAUUUAUGGAUUUGUUGUGAUCUAGACUCAUUAUUAAAGAUGAAACUUUCAUUUUGUCUUUCAUGAUGUCGUUGCAUCACAAUAGUAAUGCUCAAAUCUUGUCCAUUUUUUUAGCAAAAAAAAUUAUUCAGAUUGACUUUUGGCAAUUGCAAAAAUCUAUCUGUGCAGUUGAAGAGACGAUAUAACUCUCAACUGGCUUAAGAACUGAACUAGAUGAAGUAGCCGUAGAGCCGGAAGCAUCUGACUUGACUCUUGAUUGGUCAACAGAAACUUUCAAUGGAAUGUUGGCCCUCUGCUACACUUCUUUCCCCUGUUAUGAUGGUGUCUAAAAGAACAAUUAGCGUAUAAUUAGCCCACUCCACCUCACAGAAGAAUGUUGUGUUGAAAGUUAACUGCAAAGUUAUUAGCCUUCGAAUGUACUCAUACCAGCGACGUGGGUAAUUACCGCAAAUAUUUGUAGAGGGCUGGGGCACAAAAUAAAAAAACCUGCACAACAGCUACAUAAUUGUUCAUCUAUUAUUGUUUCAUACUAAACUGAACUUUUCAUUGCAGAAUGCAUUCAAACUUAAGAAAACUCAGACAUUAAAUUGGAAGUGUACAAUAGAGAGUUGAGCAAAGUUAGCAUAGUUUUAGACUCUGAGAGGUCUGCCCACUCUAUAGGACGAUUUAUUGGUAUAGUGUAGUGAAAAACUGCACAAUGGACAAUCCUUAAAAGGGCACGAUUAUCCAAAACCAACUUUUCUUACCUAUUGGUACCUGUUUUUGUGUAUUUACGAUUUGCACAAGUGCCUAAAUUUUGCAAUCAAACCAUGCAGGCAUGGCGGAGAUAUUGAAAAAACAGAAUCUUGCCUUCCUUCAUACAUCCUCCAAACGAGUCGUUUGGAAUUUGCCCAAUAUGACAUCAAGGCAUAUUUCCAUAUAUGGUAACAUUUUACCCAAAGAGAUUUGCACGAGUCCGCCGUUGUAGUCAAUAAGUUCCUUCAUUUUUCUCUAUCUUAUUGUAGGGCAGACUGGCUCGUACAUGCACAUGCGUCUUCUGCUGUUGCGAUUUGUAAUAUAAAGUAGCGUAUAGUUCUAAUAGAUCGGUCAAUAGGCUCCAUAUGGAAGCAAUAAAAACUACAACAUGGCUGACGGGGAUUCAAACUGGAGGCACAUAAAUAAGACCACCCACAAAAGGGCGCAUCCUGAAGAGAGAGUUAGAAAGUGGCUUGAAGAUGGUCUGUAAAACAUAAUUUAUGAAACAUCUUGACCAAAGAACCACCAUUACAUGAUAUAUAUAGACCACAGAGAAGUGUUUUAAACGUAUAAACAAAUCAUAAUCUGGCCCUUUUAAGUUUCAUUUAAUACUUCCGUCUAUUGAUUUACAACUGUUUUAAUUGGUAACCAUUCUUUCUUAAGGGGGAACCAGGCUAGAGACCAGAGGGGACAGAGCCUUUUACGUUGCCGCCCCUAAGCUCUGGAACAGCCUUCCCCUCUACAUUUUGUGGGUUCUUCCGAGGAUGUUGUAGUCGUAAUGAUUUGUGCAGUCCUUUGAGACAUUUGUGAUUUGGGGCUAUAUAAAUAAACAUUGAUUGAUGAUUGAUACAUUAGGUCAGCCCAGAGCCUGGGUGUCUUUAAAACCUUUAAGAUCUACCUCUUCUCGCUGGCCUUUGACCUGAGCUGAGUCCGCCCACUAGGCCACACUUUCUAUUCCCCACACCGCCCCUUUCGCUUUUUUUUCCAAUUGGUCGCACUUUUAUUAUUUUGCGAUUUUGUACUUUUUAUUCGCCCCCUUUUACCAUAUUGCUUUUGCACUAUCUUGUUUAGCUUAUUCAUUGUUUAUGUUCUUUGUUUUUUUUUUUUUUUGCUCAAUCCUUUUUAACAUGUAAAGCACUUUGGUUCCAUUUAAAAAUUGUUGUAAAUGUGCUAUAUGAAUAAAGUUGCCCUGCCCAGAACUGCA